CAAAGAGUAUGCCCUUGAGCGGGGAGCAGCGCUUAAUCACGGAAAAGAAACCCCACCGCGUCGGAAUUCAGGGAUCCGAGCUUGUGCGGGUUAACCCUCCAAACUCAGCGAAGUCGGGGCAUCUCGCCCGAGUCAACUGUGAUAUAACAUACAGAUAAAACACCAUAGAAGUCCGUGGGCGCGCCCAAACUAUGAGUGUUGUCUGAGGGUGACAAUAGAAAGGGAAAUGAAGAAUAGAUUAAGAUAUUUAAGCAAUUCCACACAUUGCACAUAAACAAAACUAAUAGAGCUGUUAUUUCCUCCAUCCUCACAUCUCCAACUCAUCAUGUCGUUCCCCAAGGUGCCCCCCAGCGGAGUCUGGGCCCCCGCCGUCACCGUCUUCGAUCCCGAGACGGACACGCUCAUACCAUCAGAUCAAGCGAAAUACUACUCAUACCUCUCCAAGACUGGGCUGGCCGGCCUCGUUAUCCUCGGCACCAAUGCCGAGACCUUCCUCCUGACGCGCGAAGAGCGCAAGCAGCUGGUACAGAUCGCCCGUGAGGCAUGCGGGCCGGACUUUCCCAUCAUGGCCGGCGUCGGCGGCCACUCAACUCGCCAGGUUCUCGAGUUCAUUGCCGAUGCCGCUGAUGCCGGCGCAAACUACGCUCUGGUGCUGCCGCCGGCGUAUUUCGGCAAGGCGACGACACCCGCCGUCAUUGAUAACUUUUUCGCUGAAGUCGCAACUAAGAGUACGAUUCCGAUAGUGCUAUAUAACUUCCCCGGUGUCUGCAACGGCGUAGAUCUCGACUCGGCGACUAUCGCCCGUCUCGCCCGCCAAUACGACAACAUUGUUGGCGUGAAGCUUACCUGCGGUUCUGUCGCCAAGAUCACACGUCUUGCUGCUGAGCUACCAGCAGACCGUUUCGCGACCUUUGGCGGACAGUCUGAUUUCUUGAUCGGCGGACUGAGCGUCGGCUCCGCUGGUUGCAUCGCAGCUUUUGGCAACGUGUUCCCGCGGUCCAUCGUCCAGAUCUACAAGCUCUACAAAGAGGGUAAGUACCAAGAAGCGCUCGCGCUGCACCAGAAGGCCGCCUUGGCCGAGCAGCCUUGCAAGUCAGGCAUUGCUGCUACCAAGUACGCCGCGGCCAUCAACACGGCGAAAGCUGCUGGGAUCGAGGGUGCCGAGGCGAAGUUCAGACCCAGACGGCCAUAUUCGGAGCCAUCAGAGGCGGCGAAGCAGAAUGUCAUUGCAGAAAUGGCCGAGCUGGCUAAGAUCGAGGAGAGUUUGAGGUAGAAUAGAACCUAGGCAGACUUGGUGAGAAGCUAUAGAUGAAUUUAACAUAUUAUUAAUUAUGAUGAUCCAACCAUUGAUAAUGCCAAUAUGUCUAAAACUCUAAAAACACACCGUUGAUAACCCUAUCCAUGACCCAAUGUCUGAAGCAAUUACAGUAUGAUGAUCGUGUAUGCAUAUAGUGUGUAUAAUAAGGGGAUGUCGUCACA